UACUCCGACAACUGAUAAUUACUAAUCAAACAUCGUCCGGUAUGGUAUAGGUCAAGUUUCAAUCAUAAUCCGUGAUGAUAAUCCGUAAUAAUACCGAUGAAAUCUGCAACCUCCACAAAUAAUUAGCCAUUUCCCGGAAACUUCUUCUUCUUCAGAAUUCAGAUCCUUCCUUCAUCUGUCAUCAGAACCUCCAUUUCCGUUUUCCUCCUCCGAUCUGCAUCAACGACGUCGUCGGUCGCUGCAGUCAAACCAUAGGGAUGUAUUAGUCAUUUCACUUCGCGGACAACUUUUAAACCAACGCCAACCGCGAUCUGGGCUUCCUAGACCUCGAGCAGUUGCACCACCGCCGGCCCUUCUCCCCCACCCCACCCCACCCCACGCCACCCCCACCGCAUUUCUCCACUCUCCACACGCUCCCCCCGCCUUCUUCCUCCGCCUUCGCAGCCGCCGUGGAAGUGGAAAGACUGUAAUAGCCCUCGAGAGUUGCUUUGCUGCUUCCAGAUCUAGCCGCUGCAGCCCCCCCAGUUGCGGGGAAUGGCUUCAACUGAAGCUGAUUCCCGACUCAAUUCAGUCUUGAUUCCAGCCCUAGAAAAGAUCAUCAAGAACAGCUCUUGGCGCAAGCAUUCCAAACUCUCCACCGAGUGUAAAUCCAUUAUCGAACAUCUUACCUCACCCAAUCAAAGCCCUGCCACUCCUACUCCUCCCACUUCCCCUUCCGCAGCCCAAUCCGAUGGCGGCGGCGACGCCACGGCACCUACGUCCUCAGCUGGAGUCCUCCUAGACCUCUCUUUUUCCGAUUCGGAGCUCAUUCUGAGUCCUCUCAUCAACGCCGCCAACUCGGGCCACCUCAAGAUCGCCGAGCCCGCCGUCGAUGCUGUUCAGAAGCUCAUCGCGCAUGGCUACCUCCAUGGCGAGUCCGACCCCACUGGAGGACCCGACGCCAAGUUGUUAUCGAGAUUGAUUGAAUCCGUAUGCAAAUGCCAUGAUUUGGGGGAUGAAUCGGUGGAGUUGCUGGUCAUCAAGUCGAUUUUGUCUGCGGUGACGUCCGUCUCCUUGCGAAUCCAUGGGGACUCAUUGCUGUUGAUUGUUAGGACGUGUUAUGAUAUCUAUUUAGGGAGUAAAAAUGUGGUGAAUCAGACAACGGCGAAGGCUUCGUUGAUUCAAAUGCUGGUGAUUGUUUUCCGGCGGAUGGAGGCCGAUUCAUCGACUGUGCCACUGACUCCGAUAGUGGUGGCUGAGUUGAUGGAGCCCACGGAGAAAUCUGACGCGGACGGGACAAUGACAAUGUUUGUGCAGGGUUUCAUCACGAAAAUUAUGCACGACAUUGAUGGGGUUCUGAACCCUGCUACACCUAGAAAUGGGGCCACAUCCGGCGGGGCCCACGAUGGGGCCUUUGAGACUAAAACAUCUACUGUGGAAUCGACUAAUCCAGCAGAUUUGUUGGAUUCCACUGAUAAGGAUAUGCUGGAUGCUAAGUACUGGGAGAUUAGUAUGUAUAAGACUGCGUUGGAGGGGCGGAAAGGGGAAUUGGCGGACGGGGAGGGCGAGAGGGAUGAUGAUUUAGAAGUUCAGAUUGGCAAUAAGUUGAGGCGGGAUGCAUUUUUAGUGUUUCGAGCUUUGUGUAAGCUGUCAAUGAAGACACCGCCUAAGGAGGCGUUGGCAGAUCCACAGUUGAUGAGAGGGAAGAUUGUGGCACUGGAGUUGCUCAAGAUUUUGUUGGAGAAUGCCGGGGCUGUAUUUAGGACUAGUGAAAGGUUUUUAGGGGCUAUAAAACAGUACCUGUGUCUGUCAUUAUUGAAGAACAGUGCAUCAACACUCAUGAUUGUUUUCCAGCUUUCCUGCUCAAUUUUCAUCAGUCUGGUCUCAAGAUUUAGGGCUGGACUGAAGGCGGAGAUUGGAGUCUUUUUUCCUAUGAUUGUUCUCAGAGUGUUGGAAAAUGUUUCUCAACCAAAUUUUCAGCAAAAGAUGAUAGUUCUUCGAUUUCUUGAGAAACUUUGUGUUGAUUCGCAGAUUUUGGUGGACAUAUUCCUUAACUAUGACUGUGAUGUGAAUUCUUCUAACAUAUUUGAAAGAAUGGUAAAUGGACUUCUUAAAACUGCUCAAGGUGUCCCACCUGGAGCUUCAACUACUUUGGUGCCACCUCAAGAUGUGACCAUGAAGCUAGAAGCUAUGAAAUGUUUGGUUGCUAUUUUGAAAUCGAUGGGAGACUGGAUGAACAAACAAUUGAGAAUUCCAGAUCCUCAUACUGCAAAGAAAUUUGAGGCUGAAAAUGGUUCUGAACCUGCAAGCCUCCUAAUGGCUAAUGGCAAUGAUGAUGAUCCUGUUGAAGCAUCAGAUUCUCCUUCUGAAGCAUCCAGUGAAGUUUCUGAUGCUUCGACAAUUGAGCAGCGUCGUGCUUACAAACUUGAACUUCAGGAAGGCAUAUCUCUUUUUAAUCGUAAGCCAAAGAAAGGCAUUGAAUUCCUAAUAAAUGCGAAUAAAGUGGGAAACUCUGCAGAAGAUGUUGCUACUUUCCUGAAAAAUGCCUCUGGUUUGAAUAAGACUUUGAUUGGAGAUUACUUGGGGGAAAGAGAAGAUUUAUCUUUGAAAGUAAUGCAUGCAUAUGUAGAUUCCUUUGAUUUUCAAGGCAUGCAGUUUGAUGAGGCGAUCAGAGUCUUCUUACAGGGCUUCAGAUUGCCUGGUGAGGCCCAGAAGAUUGAUAGAAUCAUGGAAAAGUUUGCCGAACGGUACUGCAAGAGUAAUCCUACGGUUUUCACCAGCGCUGAUACAGCCUAUGUUCUUGCAUACUCUGUUAUUUUGCUUAAUACUGAUGCUCAUAACCCUAUGGUCAAGAAUAAGAUGUCUGCUGAUGAUUUUAUAAGGAAUAAUCGUGGAAUAGAUGAUGGAAAGGAUUUACCAGAAGAAUACAUGAGAUCAUUAUUUGAGCGGAUAUCAAAGAAUGAGAUUAAAAUGAAAGAAGAUGAUUUCUCUAUCCAGCAGAAGCAAUCUGUGAACUCAAAUAGAAUUUUGGGCUUGGAUAGUAUUUUGAACAUUGUAAUCCGCAACAGAGGUGAAGAAAAUCGUUUGGAGACUAGUGAUGAUCUCAUGAGACACAUGCAGGAACAAUUUAAAGAAAAAGCUCGUAAAUCUGAGUCAGUCUAUUAUGCAGCAACAGAUGUUGUGAUCCUUCGAUUCAUGAUUGAAGUAUGCUGGGCACCUAUGUUGGCUGCCUUCAGUGUUCCUCUUGACCAAAGUGAUGAUGAAGUUGUAAUAUAUCAAUGUUUGGAAGGCUUUCAAAGUGCCAUUCAUGUCACCGCAGGAAUGUCAAUGAAGACUCAUAGAGAUGCUUUUGUGACAUCACUAGCAAAAUUUACUUCUCUCCACUCUCCUGCAGAUAUCAAACAAAAAAACAUUGAUGCUAUAAAGAUGAUAGUUACGAUUGCGGAUGAGGAUGGGAAUUAUUUACAGGAGGCCUGGGAACAUAUAUUAACCUGUGUUUCCCGAUUUGAGCAUUUGCAUCUCUUAGGAGAGGGUGCUCCUCCUGAUGCAACUUUUUUUGCAAUUCCUCAAAAUGAGUUUGACAAGUCGAAACAAUCCAAAUCAAAUGUUCUUCCAGUUCUUAAGAAGAAGGGACCUGGAAAGAUUCAGAAUGCAGCUGCAUCUGUGAGAAGGGGUUCAUACGAUAGUGCUGGUAUAGGCGGCAAUGCUUCUGCAUGGAUUACUUCUGAACAGAUGAACAAUUUGGUCUCUAACUUGAACAUGUUGGAACAAGUUGGUGAAAUGAGCCGUAUAUUUGUAAGGAGUCAAAAACUAAACAGUGAAGCAAUAGUUGAUUUUGUCAAGGCACUUUGCAAGGUGUCCAUGGAAGAACUGCGAUCUACAUCUGAUCCACGGGUCUUUAGCCUUACAAAGAUAGUUGAGAUUGCGCAUUAUAAUAUGAGCCGCAUCAGGCUUGUUUGGUCAAAAAUCUGGCGGGUGCUCUCUGAUUUUUUUGUGACCAUUGGGUGUUCUGAAAACCUCUCUAUUGCAAUAUUUGCCAUGGAUUCUCUACGACAAUUGUCAAUGAAAUUUUUGGAGCGAGAGGAGUUGGCAAAUUACAACUUCCAGAAUGAGUUCAUGAAACCAUUUGUAAUUGUAAUGCGUAAGAGCAGUGCUGUUGAAAUCAGAGAGUUAAUUAUCAGAUGCGUUUCUCAAAUGGUCUUGUCCCGUGUGAACAAUGUUAAGUCAGGAUGGAAGAGCAUGUUCAUGGUCUUCACUACAGCUGCUCAGGAUGAGCGCAAAAAUAUUGUCCUCUUGGCCUUUGAAAUAAUUGAGAAGAUUGUACGAGAUUAUUUCCCAUAUAUUACUGAGACAGAGACUACCACAUUCACGGACUGUGUGAAUUGCCUGAUUGCAUUCACUAAUAAUAGAUUCAACAAAGAAAUUAGUCUCAAUGCCAUUGCUUUCCUUCGUUUCUGUGCUGCAAAACUCGCUGAAGGUGAUUUGGGUUCCUCUGCAAGGAACAGGAACAAGGAAAUUUCUGGAAAUAUCUCACCGACUUUGCCACAGAAGGGAAAAGAUAAAAGAAAUGAGAAUGGAGAUCUAACAGAGAAGGAGGAUCAUUUAUACUUCUGGUUUCCUUUGCUGGCUGGGUUAUCUGAACUUAGCUUUGAUCCAAGGACUGAAAUAAGAAAGAGUGCCCUACAAGUACUCUUUGACACUUUAAGAAAUUAUGGCCAUCAUUUCUCUCUACCUUUGUGGGAACGGGUGUUUGAGUCUGUCCUUUUUCCAAUUUUUGACUAUGUUCGUCAUACUAUUGACCCUACUGGUGAAACCUAUCCAGAGGAGGGGUUUGACAGGGAAAGUGGUGAACUUGACCAAGAUGCUUGGCUUUAUGAGACAUGUACCUUAGCUCUGCAACUGGUUGUAGAUCUUUUUGUUAAAUUUUAUGACACUGUGAACCCCCUUCUGCGAAAAGUCCUGUCCUUGUUGGUGAGUUUCAUCAAGCGUCCUCACCAGAGCCUUGCUGGUAUUGGAAUUGCUGCAUUUGUCCGUUUGAUGAGCCAUGCCGGGAAUCUGUUUUCUGAAGAAAAGUGGCAUGAAGUUGUUUUCUCCCUUAAAGAAGCGGCUGAUUCAACACUUCCUGAUUUUUCAUUUGCUCUUAAUGAAGAUAGUGAAGUCUUGGUCCAUGAUGGAGAUGUGAGUAGAAGGAGCAGUGGGGAAUUUGCUGGAGCUAAUGCAGAGGAUGAAGAUCUAGAAAACUUAAGGAGACACCGCCUGUAUGCUUCUAUUUCUGAUGCAAAAUGUCGAGCUGCUGUUCAGCUUUUAUUAAUUCAGGCAGUCAUGGAGAUUUACACUAUGUAUAGAUCUCAACUUUCGGUCAAAAAUGUCAUCAUCCUCUUUGAUGGUAUGCAUGCUGUUGCGUUUCAUGCUCACAAGAUAAACACAGAUUCCACAUUACGCGCUAGAUUGCAAGAGCUGGGGUCCGUUACCCAAAUGCAGGAUCCCCCAUUGUUGCGCCUUGAGAACGAGUCUUAUCAAAUUUGCCUCACACUUAUGCAGAAUCUUGCAGAGGAUAGGCCUUCUCAUAAUGAAGAGUCGGAUGUGGAGUCCUACCUGGUCAAGCUGUGCCAUGAGGUGUUGCAGUUUUAUGUUGAAACUGCACAAUCCGGGCAGGUAUCCGAUUCAUCUGUUAGUAGACAGAUCCGCUGGGCUAUUCCUUUAGGUUCCGGUAGACGGAGAGAAUUGGCUGCACGAGCACCUAUUGUUGUUGCAACUCUCCAAGCUGUUUGCAGCUUACAAGAUACAUCAUUCGAGAAGAACCUCAGUUUAUUUUUCCCCUUACUAUCAAGCUUGAUAAGUUGUGAGCAUGGAUCAAAUGAGGUUCAGUUAGCCCUUAGUGACAUGCUCAACUCCUCGGUGGGUCCAGUUUUGCUUCGAUCGUGUUGAGCUUUUAGUGGACUUUGCUACACGCUUUUGAGCUACUUGUAUGAUAUCUUUGUUGAGUCUUGCAAAUUUUUUUCUUUUUAUAUCAUAACCGUUAUUGAAAUAUAUAGAUUCAGUGUAUGAUGAGAUAGCGGAGAUUUUUUAUGCCAAGUGCUUUGAAACCUUGUAGUAAUUUCAGGGAACUUGGCUCGAUCUAGGAUGUUAGGGUUAUAUUAGGAACUCCAAUGUUGUAUGAUUAGCUCGCUUUUUUAUAUGGUAGAAUGAUCAUCUCAUGUAAAGAUUGGUCCUUUGACAUAGAAUUCCAAGGUUUGCUUUGGACGUGUUUGUCCAUUGCCUUACCAU